AUGACGCGCGUGAGCGUGGAGCCGUGGGGGGGGGUGCCCGGCCUGGGGAACGUGGACCUGUGGCGGCUGGAGACCCCCCAGGUGCAGGUCCAGGUCCUGACCCUGGGGGCCACCAUCAGGGCCGUGCACUGCAUUUGGCGCACGGGCGCGUGCACGACGGGGUGCUGGGCUACGAUGACCUGGAGGGGAAGAGCCCCCCCCCCCCGGAUUGCGGGGGGGCGCUUCUCAGUGGAGGGAAAAGAGUAUCAACUGGACAUCAACAGUGGACCCAACGCCAUCCAUGGAGGCCUGAGGGGAUUCAAUAAGGGCUACCCCGGGGCUGUGGACGUCUCCGUUACCUACACUCUCCAGGAGGAAACACUAACCGCUGAGUAUCGGGCCCGGUCCACCAAAACCACCCCCAUAAACCUCACCAACCACUCCUACUUCAACCUGGCUGGACAGGGGGAAGAGGACAUCUACGGCCAUCAGGUGUCCAUCAGGGCAAACAGAGAGGUGAGGGCUGUGGAAGGGACGCCCUUUGACCUCCGGGAGCCGGUUCUGAUCGGGACUCGACUGAAGGAGGUUCCAGCUCCAGGGUUUGACCACAACUACUGUGUGUCACUGCCCAGUGAGCCCUGGGUAGAGAGAGCUGCUGCCAGCCAACCAGGAGUCCAGUUUUACACGGCCAACGUCCUGGAUGGUUCUGUGACAGGAAAGGGCGGUUUCAAGGGCCCCUACCAGGGCCUUCCGACUGAUUUUGAGGGCCCCUACCAGGGCCCUCCGACUGAUUUCAAGGGCCCCUACCAGGGCCCUCCGACUGAUAUGAGGGGCCCUACCAGGGCCCUCUGA